ACGUGAGAAAUCUAAAAGGAAAUCAAACGCUUUUUUGGUAGAUUCUUUCCAGGUAGUGGCGGUGUAUUCGGUAGACGCAGAAUAGAAAAAUAAUUGAAAACUCUAUAGCAAAAGGAGUAGGUGAAGUCGAAUUUUUUGUUUAUUUAGUCGAAGUUCAUUGGGGUUUCCUAUAAAUACCAAUAGCGAAAGAGAAAGCCCAUUACUCUUAUAUAUCACUUUGCUUCCCUUACCAUCUCUUUUCAGAUCUCAAAGGUUUGCGACGCUUUUUCCUGGUUUAUUGCGUGAGAUGGCAACAACAUCAGCAGCUACAUUCUCGAUUGGGUCGACUGUUUCCUUUAGGAGCAAGGGGAGUCCACUUCCUCAAACAAAAUCUUCUGCUGUAGGGUUCAUCUCACAGAAUUCACUUCCAUGUUUCAGUGGCCUCAAGGUGGCAACAUCCUUGAACUGUGAUUCAGUAUCCUCCUUCCUUGGCAAAGAAAGCAGUGCAGCUCUUAGAGGCUCGUUUGCACCGAAAGCGCAAAAGCCAAACCUGAGGUCUCAGUAUGGCUUACAGAUUCAAGGAUCUUACAAAGUGGCGAUACUUGGAGCUGCUGGAGGGAUAGGUCAGCCUCUGGCACUUCUAAUCAAGAUGUCCCCACUAGUUUCGGCCCUGAACCUCUAUGAUAUAGCAAAUGUCAAGGGAGUCGCUGCCGAUCUCAGUCACUGCAAUACUCCUUCACAAGUUCUGGAUUUCACUGGUGCUUCGGAAUUAGGAAAUUGUUUGAAAUGUGUGGAUGUGGUGGUUAUACCUGCUGGUGUUCCUAGAAAGCCCGGUAUGACUCGUGAUGACCUCUUCAAUAUCAAUGCCAACAUUGUUAAGACUUUGGUUGAGGCGGUUGCCGAUAAUUGUCCCGAUGCCUUCAUCCAUAUUAUUAGCAAUCCAGUUAACUCCACGGUACCAAUUGCUGCUGAAGUUCUUAAGCAAAAAGGCGUUUAUGAUCCAAAGAAGCUCUUUGGUGUUACCACAUUGGAUGUUGUGAGAGCUAACACAUUUGUGGCUCAGAGGAAAAACCUUAAGCUCAUUGAUGUCGAUGUCCCUGUUAUAGGUGGACAUGCUGGUAUCACCAUUUUACCCCUGCUGUCGAAGACGAAACCUUCUGUUAGCUUUACAGAUGAAGAAAUCGAGGAAUUAACUGUCAGGAUUCAAAAUGCCGGGACAGAGGUUGUAGAGGCAAAGGCAGGUGCAGGAUCGGCCACCCUGUCCAUGGCUUAUGCCGCUGCAAGAUUCGUCGAAUCAUCCCUUCGUGCUCUAGAUGGAGAUGGGGAUGUCUACGAGUGCUCUUAUGUGCAAUCAGAUCUGACUGAUCUUCCAUUCUUUGCAUCCCGGAUCAAGCUGGGAAGAAAAGGGAUUGAAGCACAGAUUCCAUCUGACCUUCAAGGUUUAUCGGAGUACGAAGAGAAGGCCUUGGAAGCUCUUAAGCCUGAAUUGAAGGCUAGCAUUGAGAAGGGAAUUGCAUUUGUGCAGAAGCAACCAGUUGCUUCAUAGAACUCAAAAACCUUUUGAAGCUCUAAAACUCUAAUCGAAACCAUGCUUUAAGAGAGAUAAACCUUGCAUAAGAACUUUCAGUUUUGUAGGAUGAAAGUUUUUUAAGUUUCUUUUUCA